CUGAAGAUAGCACUCGGAGGACUUGUUUACUUUUUUAAGUUGAUGAUUCUCACAACUUAAAAAAGUGGAGGACUUAUUGAUGGGAAAUAAUACGUGGCUCGGCCCACAUUUCCCAAUUAUUUACGAAGAACAGUCAAACCAGGCCUGUUUAAUAAAAUAGAGGAAUAAGAGAAUAUUCCUCCGUAGAUGCUCCGACUCUCUCCUAUAAAAGGAGGGCUCCCCCUCAAUGUUAGGGGAGGCCAAUUUCACUCCUCUCCUGCUACUUUCUCUCUCUAGGUAUUUUUAGAGUAUAUUUUUCCUUCUUCAAGAGCUUCUAGCUCCACCAUUAAUGGCUUCCGAGCCGAACUCUUGUACUGUGUACACACCCCCGAUAUUAAUAAAAAUCCCCCGUUGGCAAGGUACCUCCAAAAAAGGCCCGUGGUUUUCUCCCGAUUUGGGUUUCCACGUCAAAAUCUCCGUGUUUAUAUUUUGGUGUAUUUUUAGACUAGUUUAUCGUUUUAGCCGGGCUAAAAACGGUAUACCGGUCGAUAAUUUACACCAUCAGGGUGGAAGCGGAAAUUCGGUGAUCUUAACAGAACGAUUACAGCGAUUACCGGUUUAGUAGCGUCCAAUGGAUUCACUUUCAAUCAGAUUCGUGAUCUCGUUCUUGGCAAGGUCGUCAAAAGAACGAGUUCAGGAGAGUCAUCGGGUGAAUUGUUACAUGUUGGCAGAGGCAGAAGGAAUAGUAGAGGUAGUGGGGGCAGGAACAGACAAAGCCCUCCGCUUGCCACCAUUUCCCGUCUAUCUACUAGUUUAUCUUCACACCCAAUAUCUAGGGGAUGAAAAUCUUACAUCGGGAAAGGCACUAAUUUACAGAGGAGCCCGGCGGGCCUUUCAGUUGCUUUCACGAAAAUCAGCAUCAAUAACUUCUCCUUCUCCAUCAACUUUACCUGAUGAUGACGAACCUGAUUUUUCUGUUGUGCCAUCAGGAGUAGGUGUAGGCGUAGGUCCGCCUGAACCUGGCUGGCUGUAGAGAGCUUGCCCGAGUUGCAUCACUUCUUGGUUCAGUGCCGCCAUGGCAUCCUUAAUGGUUUGGGUCGAACCGCUAGAAAUGGCAUCUUUCAGCUCUUUCACCUUAGACUCCACCUUAUCUUUGACGUCCGUAGGGACCUUCUCUCCCAACUCCUUCAAUUGUUUUUCAGUCUGGUAGACGACAGAUUCUGCCUGAUUCUUUGUGUCAACGACGUCCCUCCUCUCCUUGUCCUCUCUAGCAAACUUCUCUGCUUCCUGAACCAUUCUAUCUACCUGAAGAUAACAUGAAAUUUCGUUGAGGGGAAACUGAGACUCAUUGUUUGUGCAAAUCAUAAGUGCAGCAGUUUAAGUUUUCAGAUGUAAUUAAGAACUGAGAUCUCCAUCUUGAACAAGGAAAGACUUCAAAUUAGAAAUCUAUUCAAGAACUAGAGAGAAAGAGGAGGUUAUAAACACGCUAAUAGUGGUUUGGGUACAUUCUCCCUCAUCCAUUCACCAUUUUCCUUAAAACUUUUAGUUGAGUUAUUUUCUCUUCUAUUUGACAUCCAACUUUUUCUUUUCCACAAUCCUCUUCUUCGCCAAAAUCAGAUGCUCUCUCCCAAUUGAAUCCUCUUGGUAGGGUUCACUAUCUGCUCUUUCUCUCUGAAUACGUCACUUUCGGGUAUGCAAGUAUCUAUGAAAUGCACAUUAAUAUAUGCUUCAUGUGUUUUUUAUAGUAUUGAGUUUUGUUUAAUUCCUCUGAGUUUACUUGGGUUAUUGUUUUUUUCAAUGAGGUUGAGAUGCAAAUGACUGAAUCCGAGUGAACAUCAAGUGAAAUUGGAGAUUGUGUUGCUUGGCUUCAUUUUCCCACAUUUUUCAUUGGAAUUUCCUUGAUUAAUACAUUUAUGAUUAUGGAUUUGAUGGCUCAACCGAGCUGUGAGAUGCUGUGAAUUGAUCUGUGCUGCUGAAAAAGAAGAUUAAAAACUCGCAGCAGGUGCGACGAGUCAAGUUUGCAGUCAUGGACAAGUUGAGAAGAACAUUAGUGCGCAUAGUGUGUCCCGCUUCUUGGUGGAGCUGGAAAAAUUCAGAAAAUAUAAUCUAGGUGUUGUCUUCAAUUUUUUCUGGAAAAGAAGAUAGAACUCUUGGAGAAGCAAGUCCAAAGCAUCAAUGAAACCAAAAUAGUAAUUAAAUUAAAGAAAUAUUCUCUUUUGCCAGUGCUUCUUCAUUCAUAAAGAUUUAAAUUUUGUUUUCCAGUGUCUUUUUCCAAAUUUAUUUGUGAACUCUUUUUAAAGCCAUGAGAUUGCUAUAAGUACCUAUUCAGGUUAGUAGUCUUUACAUUUUGAAUUUCUUCUGGAUCAUAAUAGUCUUUUAAUAUAAAAUUUGAGAGUUG